AUGAUGAACGGCAUUUCUUUUACAACAAGCUACAGACUGCAACAGCUAUCCGUCAGCAGUACAGCAACUCCACAUCAUGCGCCGGAUACGAUGAAAGCCCAUCAUUCACAUUGGCUACCUAGAACAAAGUACUCAAGAUGCAUGGAGAUCGCAUAUAAUGCCGCGCCCUCCCAUAGGCCGGCCAAGAUGCCCCAUACCAUAGGGGAAUCUUGCAGAACUUGUACCAGUAGUUUUGUAUAGCAAGAACCUUGAUGUUCAACAAGGUCCGGAAAAAUAAAC